AUGGCGCAAACACAACCCCAGCAGUUUUCCCAGUCUUUCUCGCCCCCGGGGUCGUCCCCCUCCCCGGGGGCAGCACCUUCUCCGGUGAAUGGUGGUGUUCCUCCUCCCAAACGACAACGACUUUCUCCUCAUCCUCAGUCACCUUAUGCCUCUCCCAGCUUCGGAACUCUCCAACUCCCGCAGAACCACCCAUCCUCUGUGAACGGAACGAACCCCAACGGAGUCCCUCAGACCCCCACGGCACCUUCACACCCACAACCACCUCCUGGCACCAUGGGGCCUCCUUCUCGACCCGCGGAUAAGGCUACAGAUGCCGCCGAACUGACCGACGUUUUGGCUUCUUCGGGUAUUGAUGUACGAGAAGAGGAGGCCUAUCUGACCAGCAGUUAUUCGGGUUCUGCUGUCCAAGCACAGCAACAGCAGCCUCGUCCGCAGCCGUUACCCCCACAACAACCACAUCAACCCCCUCCUGUAAAUACCUCCUUCACAUCACAGGCUUCAACGACGGGGACGCUGUCGACCCAGCCUAGUUUCAGUGAGGCUUCACCAUAUAAGCCCCAAACGACGCAAGACUCUUUCUACACCGAGCCGUCGACCCAAGUUCCUGCUCCUUUCAAGGACCCGAACGAGCCCACGCGGGAAGAUACGGAAGCGGCACGCCGCGCCCAAUAUCACCUACAAGAGCCGUUCCUUUUGACCAAGGUUCUGGAACAGAAGCUGCAGCGGCGCGGAUUCGAGCUUGGAGUCCGUAUUCCGGCCGAAGGCUUGUUCCACCCCGUUCCAGGUCGUCCCCAGCCGAUCGAAGUGACCGGACCUGAUGGUUCGUCGGUCGUGCGGACUGGGCAAACGAUUUUGAACCAGGAGGGUGCCCCGUUGGUGGACAUCCUGAACCUCAUGUCGAUCUCUUGCGAGGAGCGGCUACGCUGCGUGCUCGACUACUCAUGGACCCUGGCUAGGAGCCGACGCGCACAUUCGCAUGCCGUGGUCCCCGAGGAAUGGCGAGACAUGGCCUCGACGACCAAAGCCGCCAGUGGAAAUGAGGAACCGCACACGCCGUCGCAGAAGCGACCUCACUCGGCCAUGGAUGCAUCGGGAUCAAAGUCCUUGGUGGAGAAAUGUCGCCUUCUCAUGGAGAAAGAUAACUCCAGCGAAGAGAAGCGCGCAGCCAAGCGAGCCAAACGUAGCGCGAAUGCGAUUUUGGGCGAAGGAGGAGCUAACCGAUCGGACUCAGUCGAUCUACCAGGCUCUGGAGCCACGACACCCAUCGGCGAGCGGGCUCCGAGCAUCGAUAAGAAGGGCCUUACGAAGAAGGAGGCCAAGAAACUGAUGGAUGCCAAAGCUAGCGAGGCGCAGCAACACCAGCAGUCGGUGGAGACAGCCCGUCUGGCGACGAACAGUAUGAUCUCCGGACGUGUGUUUGGCACAAAGAAGCAGUACUCGUGGCUGCAGCGUGGACCGGCCACAGGGAGUGGAUUUUCCAGUCCGUCUCGCGUGAGCACGACCACACCCAGUGCUGGGUCGGACAAGGGCGGACGUUCGGGCGAACCGGCGGCGAUUUCCACCAAGCGACUGGGCACCUUCCGGGAGGACAAGGAGAAAGGCUCGGGGGUCCAGCUGCGAGAUAUCUUGUUCAUGCUUGAGCUGGAUGGACGUGGCUCGCGACAUGUGCAGAAGGCGUACUCGAAGGAUCUGAAAGAAGAUCGACAGGAGUGA